AUGCCCGUGGAAGACGACUUCGACGGCUACGUCGAUUACACGACAGACGGGCCAGGACCUGCUGGCUACACAAUUGGCUCAACAAUAGGUGAUGCACCUGCGUUUACUCUUAAGGGGCGGCAUCCAGAACAUCUAGACAUGACCGGUCCUGGACCUGGCGCAUACGCAACUCCUGAAGGCACGCUAAAGGGCCCAGCUUUCAGCCUCUCGGGCCGGACAGGGAUCGACGCAAAGAACACGAAUCCAGGCCCCGGGGCCUAUGACCAGGGCGAAGAUGCCGUCCGCAGGAAGGCUCCCGCCUACACCCUUGCAGGCCGGACAGCGGCGCACCGCCCCGAGGACACCCCGGGCCCGGGUGCAUACAACGCAGAGCAGUACGGGACGACCGGGUCUGAUGCGCCGGCGGCCUCUCUUGCAGGCAGACACGCAGACAACACAAAGAACACCAACCCGGGCCCGGGCGCGUAUGAGCAGGGCGAGGACGCCAUCCGCCAGAAGGCCCCGGCGUACUCCAUGGCCAGUCGCACAGAGAUGGAGGCGAAGAAUACAAACCCCGGCCCGGGCGCAUACGAUGUGGGAUCCACGCUCGGAGGGCCUGCGGCAUCCCUUGCAGGCCGCACCGUAACCGCAAAGCCGGACCAGACUCCUGGCCCCGGCGACUAUGAGCAAGACGUCAACCCCAUAAAGAGCGCUGCUCCGUCCUACUCCCUUGCCUCCCGGCACAACCCGAAUGAGGUCAACACAAACCCCGGCCCUGGAGCGUACGAUCACGGUAACUACGGCGUUGUCAAGGACAGCGCGCCCGCCUUCAGCCUCUCGGGCCGAAGCGAUAUUAACUCUAGAAACUCAAAUCCGGGGCCAGGCACGUAUGAUCAGAAUGAAAGUCCAAUAAGACGAGCCGCCCCAGCCUUUUCUUUAUCUAGUAGACCUGUACUGAAUUCAAGAAAUACGAAUCCAGGCCCAGGUGCAUAUAAUGCAGAACAGUAUAAGACAACCGGAUCCGACGCCCCUGCUUCUUCUCUUGCUAGUAGACAUGCUGACAAUGUGAAGAACACUAAUCCUGGUCCCGGUGCAUAUGAAACUGCUCUUGAUCCUAUUAUGCCGAAGCCUCCUUCAUUUUCUCUUAAGUCAAGAACAACCCAAGAGUCUCAAAAUACUAACCCAGGUCCUGGCGCAUAUGCUAUGCAGUCAACAUUAGGCGGACCAGCAUCAUCGCUAGCAGGACGAACUCCUCUACACAAACCCGAGGAUACUCCUGGUCCGGCUGCAUAUGCAACUGACUCCUACGCCCUGACUAAAGGAUCUGCUCCUGCCUUCUCUCUUGCAAGUAGACACAUGGAUAAUCGACCCAACACGAAUCCAGGACCAGGCGCAUAUACACCAGCAUCCAAGGCAACCAAAACGUCUGCUCCGUCCUUUUCCCUAUCAGGGCGUCACAGCCAACUUAAUAAAUCAAACAAUCCUGGCCCUGGUGCAUACACACCUACUACGGAUCAAGUGAAGCGCAAAAUGCCGGCAUAUUCACUUGCAGGACGUACUAACCAGGCCCGACCAAACACUAAUCCUGGACCUGGGGCCUACAACGCCGAGCAAUAUAAAACUACUGGAUCUGACGCUCCUGCAAUGAGUAUGUCUAGUAGACACAAACUGUCUGGAAUUAACUCUAACCCAGGCCCCGGUGCAUAUGAUCCAAAUCUAUCUAAGACAGCGCCUGCAUUUUCAUUGAAGGGGAGAACGAGUUCUGCCGUACAAGGAGAGGGUCCUGGUCCCGGGUUGUACAAACUACCCUCAACGCUUGGUGGCCCGAAGUUUAGCCUUUCUGGACGUACAAAACGAAGGUGGCGUUAA